AUGGUGGUCGGUUUGGUGGAAAGCCAAAUGUUACAAGAAGUUCGAUCUCCAGGAAAGCAAUCCAUUCUAAAGCCUUCUGCCGGGAGCGUAGACGAUGAACAUAUCUGUCAACACCAUCCCACUCGAAGUAUCUCAAGUCAACAAGCUACAAUCAACACUUCAUCCUCCAAAUUGUCGAGUCAAUCACACUCAGACGACCAACUUCCGUGUCAGCGGCCGACAGACAAAACACAUCCUUCUGACCCUUCUUUAGAUACCGUUGACAAUGCGUCUAACAAUCAAUCAUCUUCUCAAGAAAAUAUCUUGGGCCAAAAGCCUCCCCCUGAUACAGUCGCAACACAGCAGAAUCUCUUCCUUCCUGCUAAAUUCAAAUCCCACCCUAUCAGUUCUCGAUUGUCGCCUCAAGAAAGUCUAUCAGAGCAGAAGUCUCUCCCCAGCUCCACCCCCUACAUACGAAAGAGAGAUAAAGAAAAGGAAGCCUUGAAAGCUCGAUUGGAGAGCAUUAAGAAAGCAAUCGGUGUCGGCCUCCGUGAGCGAAUGUCCCGUCUGAAACGUCGUUCGCAGAUUAAUCCGAAAGAUGAAGAAGACAUCCGUCUCUUAUUCAAUCUAUUAGAAACAAGUCUCACCUAUAAUGAGAAGCAUAUUGCUCAGCAAUGGCAGCACAGGUACCAACCUGAAUGGGACGAAGCAUGGCUCCCAAUCUCUGAGCAGAAUAGGCAAUAUCAGAAUCACGUAAAUGAAACAAGGAUAGCAAUAGGUCCUUCUGCGCAGAAAGAUCACGUUGAUGUUGUGAUGGAAAAUACAUACCCGGCUUGGAUAGAUUAUCAUGAGAAUGAUGAUGACGACUGGAGCUCGCAAUGCAAACGGAUACGACGCGCUCUCGCUUUUAUCAAAGGUACUGGAGGAAAUGAUGCCCUAUUGCCUGCGAGUGAAAUCCUAGUCGGCGAGCGAAAUCAUGUCGAUAUGGGCGACAUCUGGAAAGAGUGGGAAGGGAAGCUCGACACUUUGGGUGAACAGCCGACAAAGAAAGCGAUGAGGGAGGCUAUACCUUACCACUGGGCCGAAAUUGAGAAACUUAUGCAGGGAAAGAUGAAGGAGAUUGAAAAAAGGAAAGGAGGAGAGCCACGAAUGCUAGGAUUGGAAGGGAAGAGGGGGAUGAAGAGGCUUGCGGACCAAUUAAGUGAAGGGGGGACUGCGGCCAUGCAGGAUAUGAAGGAGUCGGGGUGGAAGUGGAAGGACGCAGGAAAGAAGAGAAAGGAGACGGAGAAGCCUGCACCGAAUGAUAACGGUGGCAGUCGAGGCAAUGGGACUGCGCUGAAAGGGAAGAAGAUGGCUGCAUUGAAGGGUACUGGGGGGGGAGGGGGAGCCAAUGGGAAGGCACGGAAAGGGAGAAAGAAGCAUGCUGCUGGGAAAAGCAAACAUUGA